AUGUUGCUGAACAACGUGUCGAGCGUGUUGGAGAAGGCCCUUGGAACCGAUGAGCAGUUCUCCGGCGACGACAGGCCCUUGUUGGAGGUUGGAAAUAUGUUUUUGUUGGGAUUGUAAAAAAGAAAGUUGAGAGUAUCCUUUAUUAGUAAUGAAUAUAAAGGCUUGGAAAUUUUCUUUAAUGGGGAUUUGAAAAUAAAAUAAAAAAUCAGUGUAAAUUUUUAAAACACAGUUUUAAAUAUCCAUUCAGACUUCAAUAAGGUUAUUUUGAGUGAAAUUUGAUUUUUACGACAUUUGCGCUCCACGGAGAAACCAAAAAACUAUCAAGAGACGCCAAGAAAUCAAUUAUAUAUUGAAUAAUAUGGACUUGGAAUCUGCUAGGAGCACUAAAGUCAUCUAAAAUCAAUUUUCGAGCGGAAUUUGAUUUUACCAACUUCUGCGCUCCACGGAGAAACCAACAAUUAUCAAGACUCAACAGAAAUUAUUGAAUUAUUGUAAAAUAUCAGAAAUUUGGAAUCUUCUGGAAGCAGUGAAGUCAUCUAAUAACAAUACUUGAUUUUCUGGCUUUUACGCUCCAAGGAGAAAUUUAAAAAAUCGAUAAGUUAGUACUCGGACCUCGGUAACGGUGACCUCACACGUCUCAAACUUUCCAGGCACUUCUAGUGAUCACUCUAGGGGCGUUAGCAUUAUUUGCCUUUCCAAGGUCCGAGUAAUUGUAUCAGGAUGCGCAAGAAUUCAUCGAAUCAAAUAGUGAACAAUAUCCGCAAAUUGAAAUCUUCUGGUAGUAAAGUCAUCUAGGGAUCAAUUUUUGAGCAAUAUUUGCUUUUCUGGCUUUUAUGCUCCAGGGAGAAAUAAAAAAAGUCGAUAAGUUAGUACUCAAAUCUCGGUAACGGUAACCCCACACGACACUUUCUAGAGACUUCUAGUGACCACUUGAGGGGCGUAAGCAUUACUUGCCUUUCCAAUGUCCGAGUAGUUGCAUCAGAAAUAAUUGGAUCAAAUAACGGAUAAUAUCACCAAUUUGGAAUCUCCUUGGAGCAGUAAAGUCAUCUAAUUAUCAAUUUUUGAGCAAUAUUUAAUUUUUCUGACUUGUAUGCUCCACGGAGAGUUAAAAAAUCGAAAUCGGCAUUUUCAGACCGUUAUCUUGGCCUCCGUCUUGCUUCUUUUGAUCCUGGCCUGCGUCAUCGGCAACGUCUUCGUUAUCGUCGCGAUUUUCAUCGAAAGGGACCUCCGCGGUCGGCCGCAGUACUACUUGAUCUUCUCUCUAGCUGUCGCGGACCUCAUUGUAUGUUUUUUUUUUCAUUUUUCGAGGCUUCUUUUUCUAUAUUUUUUGAGCUGGAAAAGGUGAUGAGAAUAGCCGCGUAGGAGGGGAUUAUGUGCUCCAAUGAUAAAGAAAAUUGGGUGUGAAAAAUAGCUGCAUAGGAACUUUUGUACCUUCAAACUAUGAUUUGUAUAAUUAUAAGAUCCUUUCUCACAAUUUUCUCUCGUCUCUUAACUUUUGCUUGAGCUACCGCGUCAACCGUUUCUGGUCGGGCGCACUUGGAAAUCCUUCUUUUUUAUAUUCUUAAAUGAGAAUCGGUAUGUAUAUGAUUCAUCUAGAUAGUUUCCCACUUCAUUUUUGGAUAUCUCGAUACGCUAGUGCGUGAACCGGUUCUGGUCGGUUGCAAACAAAAAAUAGCACUGUCUUUUAUCAAUUUUCUAUGAAUAGCUUGUACAGAGAAUUCCUAUAUUUCCGUUAAUUUUUUUCCCCUUCUCCUUGAACUUUUGCAUAUGCUACCGCGAAAACUGUUUCUGGUCAGGCGCAUAUGAAGGACCGCGAGAAAUCUAUUAAUAUCCAACCCCAAACAGGAAACUCAUGCGUUUCGGUCAAUUUUCACCCUUUUUUUCCGAUUCGGUCUGGAACGCGUGCAACUUCCCUCAUUACUGCAUUUAUUAUGCGAGUCAGCACGCAACAUUCGACACGAUUCUCGCCUUUUUUUUGAGUUGUCCCCAAAAACCUUUUCCCGCAACCCAGGUUUUCUCCCCAAUUUUUUUAGAGGGGUCAAAAAAACCUUUGAGGCGAAAUCCCGGUCAGAAGGCUUCAAAAUCAAACAGGGGGGCUACUUUUUGUAACCGGGGAAGUCAGCUAGAAGGAAUUUUUCAACCUUUGAAUAAAUCUUGAAAAAUGAUAAGACAUCGAGAACGCAAGACAUUUAGUUAAAAAGAAAUAAAAAAAUUCAAAUUUUUUUACGAAAAAAAUGUAGAGGCCUAACUUUCGUAAUUUGGAUAUUUAGGUCACCGGCAUUUUUUUCAGUCUUUCACACGGAUGUGUUUUUCAAAACGGCUAUUGGACAUAUAAAGAAUCUGGCAAAAAAAAAUUCUAAAUUUAGAAAAAAGUUCAUGGCCUAACUUUCGCAAUUUGGAAAAGUAGGUCAGCAAUUUUUGGAGAACUAGGCCGCAGCUGAAGAAUCUGAAUUUUUAUGUAUUUUUUCAUGAUUUUGACUAUAACUUCAAUUUGCUACAAAAAGUCUUCAUAGAUCAAUAAAAAGUUCAUUUUUUGGACAAAGGUCGAAAUAUCCAAACUUCGGCUUUGGGAAAUUUAGGCUACGUCCAGUAGCCCUCAACUUGACGUUCUUACUAUUUUUUCCCACCUUUCUUAUUCUCGAACGACGUCAACUUUGCGUGUCUCAAGUCAAAGUCAAUAUUUUUAGGUCAAAUUAAGGUUAUUUGCGAAUUUUUAUUCGGAUUCCGCAUGAAUAAAUCCAACGGAUUCCUCGUUGGGCCAGAAGCUUCUCGAGAACGUUCAGUUUUUCUUCCCUGCGCCACACGGCGAAAUUGCAUUUGCUUUGGAGACGGCUUCAAGAAGAUUUUCGCACUUUUCCUCUCGCCCCAAAUGAGAUUUCGGGCCGUCUUGCCCAAGGUUUAUUUUUGGGUCCUUCUCUCGUGGGAUUCUUUUUUUCUCGGUUCCGGAUGGUCACUUUGUCGAUGCAGACGGCUUGAUGGACGUGGCCUGGAAUUACUAAAAAAUACUUGGAAAGUUAGGCCGUUGGAUUUUGGUAAACUAGGUCGUCAGGAAACUUCCUAUCCAUUUUCGAUAGUGCAAAAGCUUUCUGACAAAAUUCCAUGAAUGGCCUGGAGACGCAAAAAGACUGUCGGGAAGAAGAAAUUUGGAAAGUUAGGCCUUCCAGUAAAGUUAACGGCCUGGAAUCACAAAAAGACAACUUGUUGAAAAGUUUGGAAAGUUAGGCCAUCAAGUUGAGGUUAUAAACCAAAUCCUUGGAAAUUUUCUAGUUUUAUAUUUUUCUUGGGAAGGUUCAGUGCUCGAAUUCAGUAGACGGCCUGGAAACACAAAUGAUAAUUGUAUAUUAGGAAAGUUAGGCCGUCAAGUCGAGGGAAGAUUUUGUGAAAUCAAACUUCAAAAAAAAAAACGUAUAUUUAUUCAAUUGAAGAUGGAAGGAUCCUUGAUACGUUUCUGUAGGCGGCCUGGAAACACAAAAUUUGAUCCAAGGCCUAGUUUUCCAAAUAGAGACCUUGCUACUUCAAUCAAUGGCUCUUUGAGUUAAAUAUAAUUAUCAAGUAUUUUUCGGAUUUAUAGGGAAAAAUGGAGCUUUUCUCGCUUUUUAUUCUUGUUACUAGUUCAUUAGGGGACUUUUACGGCUCAUGUUAGCUCAUAAUUAUCCGGUUACUCAUCAAACUACACUUUCCAAGUACACGAAAACGUGCUGUCCGUCCAAUUCCCGUUCUGAUCAAGGCACUUUGGCGUUGGCCUUAUUUGGAUGAGCCAAGUCAUCAUUUGCAAAAGGAGACGUCAGCCCACUCAAAUGAGGCUCCGGAGUAGGAAAAAAAAGAAGUUUGCAACGGUCGGCUGGAGCCUGACGUUGACUCAGUAAAUAGUUUAAGCUUUAGAGUGAAAAAAAUGAGGUUUUUUGAUGUUUAAACUGCAGAUUUUGGUCUCGGUUCGAGAAGUUGGGUUUUUGGUCGGAAUAUUCAUUUGUAAAACUAGGCCACGAUUCCAGAAAGGUGAAUAUCACCGAUAAUGAGCUAGUAUGAGCAAUAAAUUCAGCUGGGAAGCCAGUGAGUGAGAAUAAUUCAAUUUUCCUUUCGAUUUAUUUUUUUUCCAGUUUCAGAGCAUAAGAUUAUUUAAAGUGAGCUAACAUGAGCAAUAGGAGAAGUUCUUGAACUGUAGGUAGUUAAGGAACAUUGAAUUUUCCUUCAGAUUACAUGUUUCAUACGAUAUUUCAAAGCGUAAUUUGAGGCAAAAUCAGCUAACAUGAGCAAUAAGUAGAAAAGCUGAGCCACGAGAAUACGCUUGAUAUUUAACCUCCAUUUUUUAUCAUCUGAAAAUUUAAACUAGUCAUAAAAACUGAGCUAACAUGAGCAAUGGAAGCUAAACGACUUUUCUGCUCCGCUUUUUAUACGACCGAAUUUUACUAAUAAUUUUUUUCUUGAUUUGUAAUCCACGGUCACCAAAGUACGAAUUUGCUUUUUUCAUAAAUGUUCGGACAACUUUUUUUUACAGCCCCCGAACCCCAAUUAAAAAGUGUUUUUUUGGCUUUCAAAGGGUCUCGGCCGUAAGCAAAUUAGCUUGGACUGAAAAUGAGAUUUUUGGCGUUUUCCAAUUUUGGUUUGAGCUCUUUUUUUUUGAAAGAGAAAUUGUAGAAGAACGGGGGCAAAUUUGAUUAACUUUUUAGGACGAAAAAAUGGGUUUUGACAGGUUUUUGGAGACAAAUUUUGAUAAAAUUGAGUUUCAGAAGGUUUUUUUUUGUUGAAAUAAUGCAUGUGGAAAGGCUGAAAUUCUUCCGAAAAAUCGAAAAUCUCGAAAAUUGGAAUUUACCUGACCUUUGGGCUACCUGGAGACUAGACUAGACUACUUCCUUUGAAUAAUUCAUAGAGAUGAUGUUAUUUUUUUCAAAAAAAGGGAGAAUUUCAAAGAAACAUGGAAGUAUUUUGAGUAGAAAGGUAGAAAAUUUAUCUUAUCAUUUAAAAUAUUUUUAAAGAGCAAAAAUAGUAUCGAAAAGUCGAUAUUUAGCACGAAAAGGUGAUAAAAGUUGCAUUUUUUUGAAUUUCGCACAGUUUUUUUAUGAAAAUUCAAAAAAAGGCCAAAAAAAUGGGAAUUUGAAAGAAAAAAAUCUUGAAAUCUCAAGUGGUCCCUUAAGUAAUAAUUUUUUCGGUGCUUAAAGAGACGCGAUUUUGCUAAAUUGGCUCUUAAUGGAAAAACUUGCUUUAAAGGAUGACUUGAAUCGGUAAUCUCAAUUAGGCUCUUAUUAUUUUAAAGUGACUCCUUUAGUGGUCAGGAGAACCACUUCUUAAGGCACCAAAGCAGGAUCCCCUCAAGUGAUCCCUUGAGUCUUCCAGAAAUCUCGAAAGGUCAAUGAUAUGGUCUCUUAACUUGAUACUCAAGUAGGCUCUUCUUAAAUUUGAAGGGUUCCCUUAAGUGAUUAAAAGAAUGUUCUAGCCUAAUACUUUAAUGACAGCUUCCGAUCUCAUCCCUUUAGUGGCCCCUUGGAAGAUUCUUUCCACUUCCAAAAUUUUCCUGAACCCUUUAGUGACCACUCCGAGCUUCCCAGAAACAAUUGAAAGCUCAAAAAACGCUCUUUAAUACUCAAAUCCAGACAUUUCCCCCCUCGAAAAACUCGUUGAUCUUUGAAAUUUCACACCUAAAUGAUCCUCUUUGAACUUUCACACAUUCAAACACCUGAAUUUUCAUCAAAAAAACGAGAAACUUUGUGCGCCACACACAAUGUAUGCAUCAACGCGUCGCGACCUUUUUUUCUCUAUAAAUGGACAAAAAAAUUGUGGGAAAAAUGAAACGAAUUCAGUUGGAUUGUGGAUUUUCGAAAUAGAAAGUUUUUUUAAAAAAAUAUUUUUUUCAGUUUUUGAAGUUGAUCGCCAUGUGUUAAUAUAGCUAGGAAAAAGGUUCUAGAUUGUUUUUAAUUUAGUUUGAAAAAAAUGGCAAAAAAGUUUUGACCGCGACGGGGUUCGAACCAGAAAGUCUUUUCAUACUGGAAAAGCCAGCUUCAGCUCUAAAAGCUUCAUUUUAUAGUUUUCAAUGUGGGAAAAUAAAGAGCUCGAUAGUGAAGUGGCUAAAAAUUUGAAGCAUCAGUUGAAGGGUCUCUGGUUCAACUUCUAUCCUCGUUUUUGUCAUUUUUCAAAUCACAAAGGAUUUUAUAAAAAAGGGCAGCAUUGAAUAUGUAUGGAGAACUCGUUGGUUCGAUCCCGAAGCGCUUUUUUUGCCGUUUUGAAGAAAAAUGGUUAGAGUUUGGUUCCAUCCAGUGGGACCGAAUGUGGCUCAAAAGGUCUCUGGUUCGAUUCCACCCCCCGUUUUUUUGCCAUUUUCCAUCUUCAAACUUGAGAAAAGAGGGUUUUAUAUGGAUAACCGAGUGGUCGAAAGCAUUGAAUAGAGAUAAAAGACUCUUUGGUUCGAUCCCUCAGCACGUUUUUGCCAUUUUUGUGGUUUGAAGAAAAAUAAUUAGAGUUUGAUUCCGUCCAGUGUGACUAAAUGUCGCUCAGAAGGUCUCUGGUUCGAUUCCUUGCCCCGUUUUUGCCAUUUCUCAGCUUCCAAACCCUCUUUUUAAGCCAUCUUCUCCUCUCACAUUUUUGACGUCUUGAAACUAAUACCAAGGACAAAAAGGCAUCAGAAACCGAAUGUGAAAGAAAGAAGAACGGCUGCCAAAAAUGUCGUUUUUCUCCCAUUUUUUUGCUUUUGGCGGCGGAAAGCCGAGAGGCCAUUAGAAAUGUCAUUGGAGAAACGCUUUGAUGUGCUUGGUGAGGAAGCCGAGAAAGCAAAAGAAGAAAAAAAGAAACAACCGUCAAUCAAAACUGUCGGCGGCGACAUGAGCAGGCAUCCGAAUAUGGCUGUCGGAAUUAUGCGGGAUAUUGGAACGACUAGGGACUUUGUUGGGAGAAGAUUGGGCCAUUAUUUUGAAGAUUGAUAUUGGCAAUAGCAUGACGAGGUUUUGAACGAUCCAAUUUUUUAAAAAUGAGCUCUAAUCGAAAAGCUUAAUGGCUAAAUUUGGCAAAAACGGGGGCUAGAGUCGAACCAAAGAGUGUUUUUUUCCAUAUAUUCUCAGCUUUUUAGCCCCGCAAGCAGUUUCAUCGGGCUUCAAGGUGUCGAAGCUCCAGUUCUGAGUUGGAAAAUGGCAAAAACCUGGGCUGGAGUCGAACCAGAGAGUUUCUUUAUGCAUCUCAGCUUACUUACCAGGCUUCAAAGUUGUGUUAUCGCUAGCUUCGGGCCAAAAUCGGGCAAAAAUCGGGCUGAGUAGCUUUUUUUUUACCUAGGCGAAGCUCUCUAGACAUUAGAUUAUUAAAGUAAAACCUCAGAAAGCGAAUUUCCCGAUUUUAAGCUUCAAAAUAACAAAAACGCCGACAGGAGUUGAACCAGAGAGCCUUCUCAUACAGGAAAAGUUCACAGCCACUUGAUUAAGAAAAUAAAAACAUCAGAAUGUGAAAUUUUCAGCUUUCAUUUUCAAAAUGGCAAAAACACAGACAGGAGUCGAACCAGAGAGUCUUUUAAUACUGGAGAAGCGUCCCAUAAAACUUCAGAAAGUCUAUUUUCCGGCUCUCAGAUUUAAAAUGGCAAAAACCUAAACAGGAGUCGAACCAGAGAGUUUCUUCAUGCUCAUCAGCUACUUACUAGGCUUCAAAGUUGUGUAAUUGCUAAAAUUGGGACAAAAAUGGGCAAAAAACGGGCUGCAGAGCUUUUUCACCCAGAAAAAACUCUCUAGUCGUUGGAUAAUGGAAAUUAAACACCAGAAAGCGAAUUUUCAAGUUUUCUGUUUUAAAAUGGCAAAAACGCCGACAGGAGUUGAACCAGAGAGCCUUCUCAUACAGGGAAAGUUCACAGCCACUUGAUUAAAAAAAUAAAAACAUCAGAAUGUGAAAUUUUCAGCUUUCAUUUUCAAAAUGGCAAAAACACAGACAGGAGUCGAACCAGAGAGUCUUUUAAUACUGGAGAAGCGUCCCAUAAAACUUCAGAAAGUCUAUUUUCCGGCUCUCAGCUUUAUAAUGGCAAAAACCUCGACAGGAGUCGAACUAGAGAGUCUUUUCAUACAGAAGAAGCGUCCUAUAAAACAUUAGAAAGUCUAGUUUCCGGCUCUCAGAUUUAAAAUGGCAAAAACCUAGACACGAGUCGAACCAGAGAGUCUUUUUACAUAAGUAAACGUUCUAAUCCCCUUGACCAAGAGAAAUCAAUCGAUAAAGUGUUUUUUAAUAACUCUGAUGCAUUGAAGACAUUUUCCAAGAUAAUUUUUCAGAGCUACUUUUUUUUCUUGAGAACUUUACUCUCUUGGAAGGCCAUUCGCCCUUUUCUCGCCUAGUUUCCGCGCCAAAUUAGUCGUGUCGGAAAAUGUCGAAAACAUCCUGAUAAGCUUCGUUUUCGUCGUUUCUGUCCCACCUUUUUUCUUCUUUCGCCGCGCAUUUCCUAAUUGGUUCUGCGCACGCGAGAAAAAGCUCGGAUUUCAGGAUUUUUCUUGGUGUGUGACGUGUGGACUAAUAUUUUUCGACAGAACGAUUGUUGGAAGAGGGGAGAUUUUUAAGCUUGAAAAAUAUUAAAAAAUCAGGAAAUAGGCUAGCCGCAUUUGGAAUGGCUCAAGUAAUUGAAUAAUUUAGGAAAACGAGGAUUUUUCAAAAUUUUUAGGCUUUUGAUAGCGUUAGAAAGCGAUUUGAAAGCGAUUAAAAUGAAAGAAGUUUAAAAAAUUCAAACUUGGUCGCAUUUGGAAUGGCUUAAAGUUGCAUUAUCUGGGAAAAUAAGGAUUUUUCAUUAUUUUUAAGCUAGUAAUAACGUUGAAACAAUUUGUUCAAAGCGAAUCGAUAGGGAAAAUCAGAAAAAGUUCAAAAAAAGUCAAAUCUGGCCGCAUUUGGAAUGGCUCAGGUAGUUGAAUAAUCUGGAAAAAUGAGGAUUUUUCAAGAUUUUCGGCUUUUAAUAGUAUUACGAAAGUUGGUUCUGAGGAAUUUGGAAAGCAGGAUUAUUAAAAAAAGUUUUGGCAAAAGUCAAAAAUGGCCGCAUUUGGAAUGGCUCAGGUAGUUGAAUAAUCUGGAAAAAUGAGGAUUUUUCAAGAUUUUCGGCUUUUAAUAGUAUUACGAAAGUUGGUUCUGAGGAAUUUGGAAAGCAGGAUUAUUAAAAAAAGUUUUGGCAAAAGUCAAAAAUUGCAGCAUUUGGAAUGGCUCAAAGAGUUGUGGAGGCUAGAAAAAUAAGUAUUUUAUAUGAUUUUCAAUCAUGUAAUAGCUUUUGGACAGUUCCUAAAGAGUUAAUUGAUGGAUCAAUAAAAGGAAAAAGUUCAAUUUGGUCGCAUUUGGAAUGGCUCGAAGCACUGAGAAAGCUAAAGAAAAUAAGGAUUUUCAUGAUUUUAAGCUUGUAGUAACGUCGGAACAGUUCUCUUUAAGAGAUUUGAGAAAACAAAUUUCAAAAGUCAAAUUUGGCAGCAUUUGGAAUGGCUCAAAAAAGGGCAACAGUAGAGCUUUUUUCGGACGCUUUUGGAAGUUAUAAUGACGGAGAAGAACCUCAAAAAAUGAUAGAUUUCUCAGAAAAUACUUUACCUAUAUAAUUUCUAUGCAGGUUGGUCUAAUCGUGACGCCGUUGGGAGCCUGGAACACCGUAACUGGCGCCUGGAAACUCGGGGUUGUCCUUUGCGAUUUCUGGAUCUCCGUCGAUGUUCUCGUCUGCACCGCCAGUAUCCUUCAUCUCGUCGCCAUCGCCUUGGACAGGUUUUUUUGAGAUUCUACAGAAGGUCAUCAAAAUUAUUCAAAAAUGUGACCCAAAACCUACAUGCUGAAGCCUUAGCUUGUUAAGGAUUUUGUCAUUCAGUGCCCCCGACUUUUUCCGGUUUCUCCCUUUCUCAUAUUCCAAAAGCUAUAACCCUUCUCAAUCUUGGUUCCAAUAUUUUUUCGAAUAUUCAAAGGAAGAGAUUUUACUGCACCCGACUCCAUCCUACUCUGUUUCCUUCCAGAUACUGGUCGGUCACCGACAUCUCCUAUGUGCAGAACCGGACCCCAAGAAGGAUCACCCUGAUGUUGGCCGUCAUUUGGCUGACGUCACUUCUGAUCAGUUUGGCCCCCUUUGCCGGAUGGAAAGACGACGGUUUCGGGGAUCGGGUCGAGAAGCAGCACGUCUGUCUUAUCAGCCAGGCCAUCAGCUAUCAGGUUAGCUUCUAGGGGUUGGAGAUGGCGUCAUAAAAAUGAAUGAAAUGACGUCAUUACUUCAAUUAGAUGAUGUCAAUUAAAGGCGUAGUUCCUCGAAAAAUAUGCCCUGGAAAUUUAAAUUUUCAUCAGCUAUCAGGUUAGCUUCCAGGGGUUGGAAGUGACGUCAUAAAUUGAAUGGAAUGACGUCAUUAUUUAUAAACAAUGACGUCAUUCUGCCUGUAGUGAUUCUUGGAAAAAUACGCCCUGGAAACUGAAAUUUUCAUCAGCCAGGCUAUCAGCUAUCAGGUUAGCUUCUAGGGGUUGGAGAUGACGUCAUAAAUUGAAUAGAAUGACGUCAUUAUUCAAUUAGAUGAUGUCAUUUGAAAGCGAACUCCCUCGGGGAAUAUGCCCCGGAAACUAGAAUUUUUAUCAGCCAGCCGAUUAAGUUAGGCUUGUAGUUUGAGAUAAGAAGUGACGUCAUAAAAAUGAGUGAAAGUGACGUCAUUUUUUUGAUCAAUGACGUCAUUCGGCCAAGGAGAUCCUCAAGAAGUUAUGCUAUUAAAUCUGAAAUCAAGCCAUCAGCUGUUUUGUCUGUAGUUUGAUCUUUCCAAUGGUUCCAAAAUAGCUACCUUAUAUGACGUCACUUUGUGGUCAGACGAUAAUGACGUUAUCAGUUUCUGGAUGACGUCAUUUUCUUUAUUUUAAAGCUUUUUUAUUUUCCACUUUCUCACUUUUCCAAUAUUCAUUUCAACGGAAAAAGGAUAUCAUUUUAUAGACGCUAUUUUCGAUCAUUUUUUUGGCCUAACAAAUAUCGUGACAGCCAAGCUUUUGUUAAACGUAGACUCUAUUCAAAAAAGAUUGAAUUUCCGUCCAGACAUUUGAUCGAAUGUUGCGUUUCGCAUGCGAUUGUGCUUUUUGAGAGUUUUGAAAUGGAUUUUUUUCAAAGCAAAAAAGAUCUUAGUUAGUAUAAUUUAUAGAAAAAAAUGACCGAUUUUUUUGAGGAGGAUGGUAAAUUUAUUGAUCGAUUAUGACGUCAUGUUACUUUCCAUUAAAGUCUUCAGAAAUCUUGCUUAGACAGAAAACGAAUCGAAUUUUGAGCUCAAGAAACUUUUUUUCGAUUUAUCUGAAUAUUGGAUGACGUCAUGAUCCAAAAAAAAUUACGUAAAUUUGAAAUUAAAUCAGUUACAGUACACCUCUAGUAAAGUUUAUGUUUGUUCCAAAAGCUCAAUGACGUCAUAACCGAGAAAAAUGACGUCAUCAAGCAAUUUUUCGGCUUUAAUAUUCUGUUAUGAUGAUGAAGAACAAGUAAUCUAGUCAUAAGUUGGUAAAAAAUGACGUCAUUGAUCUAAAAAUCAUUUUUUGAAAAUUCGAACUUUUAUCGAUGUCUUCAUCAUUUCACGGAGGGCAAGUAUAGCCUACAAAUUAUGACGUCAUAAUCGGGUCAAAAGUGACGUCAUCAACCAGUUUUUCAAAAAAAUCGAUUUUAAUGAGAAAGUCAUGAGUUGAUUUAAAAAUGACGUCACUGAUCUAAAAAUCAUUUUUCAAAAAAAUUUUUUUGAGUGUUACAGUUAUCCACAUCAUUUUGACAUCAGUGCCCCCCACCUCUCCUUUUGACGUAACAACCGGGUCAAAAGUGACGUCAUCAAUCAAUUUUUCAGCUUCAAUAACUGAUUAUGAUAGAGAUGACAUAAUAAACUCAUGAGAUGGUGAAAAAAUGACGUCAUCGAUCUAAAAAUCAUUUUUCAAAACCUUGAACUUUAACCGUCACUCACAUCAUUUUGCAGAGGACAAGAAUAGCCUCCAAAUUUUGCAAAAAUCUUGGAAAAAAUGCUCCAAUGGCACUCGAAGCCAAUUAAGCGGCCGUUUUUUUCUUCUUCCUUUCUUCUCCUGCUCCCGUAAGGAAAUAAGGCUCGAAGAAACAAGGAUCUUUGACCAUUUUUGGGCAUCUUCCGAAGAGGCUCUCGAGCGAAUUCCAUUAAACUCUCCGCACACAACUAGUCUUCCUUGUCAAGAAGAAGAAAGGAAGGAGGAGGAGGAGCAGAAAAAAAGAUGUUCCCUGUUUGAAGUGAGAUGUGAUUUUUUCCUAGUAAAAACUGAAUGGAAAGGGGACCUGGAUCUUGGAAUUUAGUGGAAAAGACGAGACAUUUUAAUCAGAUAGAGAAAGAGGCUCAAAAUUCGGCAGUUUUUGCGCUCCAUUGAGAAAAUUAUUUUUUGGGAAAAAUGUGGAAAUUUUUGAGUUAGGUGGUGUUAAGUAGAGGAGGCUGAAAUAUUGCCACUUUUUGCGCUCCAUUGAGAAAAUUUUUUAGUAAAAUAAUAUACGGAAAAGUUAGAGGUAGGUAUUGCUAAGAGGCUUGAAAAUCGUCAACUUUUGCGCUCCUUUGAGAAUAAUAUAUUUUUUUCCUGUAAUUCUAAAAACUUGGAAUUAGGUACGGUUAAAGAGAAGAGGCUGAAAUGUUGCCAGUAUGUGCGCUCCAUUGAGAAAAAAUUUUUUCCCGUAAAGUAUACGGAAACGUUAGAGCUAGGUAGUGUUAAAGACAACAGGAGGCUAUAUAAUCGCCAACUUUUGCGCUCCAUUGAGAAGAAUAUUUUUUUUUCCUGUAAUAAUUCGAAAAAUUCAUAGUUAGCUAGUGUUAAGUAGAGGAGGCUGAAAUAUUGCCAGUUUGUGCGCUCCAUUGAGAAAAAUGCUUUUCGUGGAAAGAAAACAAAGAAAGUUGAACCCGGUAACGUUAAGGAAACAUAAGAGGCUCAAAACUCGCUACUUUGUGCGCUCCAUUGAGAAAACACGUUUUUCUGGGACGCAUACGAAUUAGUUCGAGUCGCGUAGUGUUAAGAAACGAGAAGAGGCUCUAAAUUGGUGACCUUGUGCGCUCCGUAGAGAAAAAAAUUUAUUUUUGAAUUUUUCAGUUUUUGGAUUAGAUAGAAAAAUUUUUUUUUGGCCUGAUUUUUUUCGAUAAAAAGAGAAAAAAAAAUUUUUUUCUGGUAAAACAUAACGAAAGGGGACCCAGAAUUCAAUAGAAAUGACGAGAAUUUCGAGCCAAACAGUUUAAGAGGCUCAAAAAUUCGCCAGUUUGUGCGCUUUAUUGAGAAAAAUAUUUUUUUAACAGGAAAAUUCUCUUUUUUUGUAAUAUUUCAAAUCAUUAGAACUUUUUAUUUGAAACUGGUAAAUUGAUUUGAAAAAGCGAACCCCCAAAAAAACCUCCAAUACUUUUUUUCAUUUUUUUGCUCAGAAAAGCAGAAAAAAAUCUGUCAAAUAGGCUAUUAACUCUUCUUUUUUUCCGUCCGCUCUAUUCUUCCGUUCGUUUGGUGGGUUUCCGGCGGAAAAAGGAACAAAAAAAAAAAGAGAAAUUGGAGAAAUGGACCACACACGACGUUUUCCAUCAUUUCCCAAACCCCAGAGAGUUUCUUUUUUUUUGUCGUUUGUUUUUUUUCCCCUUGGCUAGGUUCGUUUUAAGUCCCUUUAAAACUGCCGAAAUGGACGUUUUUUGACGAGAUAAGCUGGCCGAGCCCCGUUGGGGAUUUUUAGCGAUUUUGAGUAGAGUUUCAAGUUUCCGGGGGGUUUCCAGAGGAUUUUUGAGGGGAAGUGAUGGAAAAUGAGUGGAAUUUGGUUUCUAUGUUGGAAGUUAGUGAUAAAAUUGUAUAUUUAUAUAUUUUUUUAAAUGCGAUUUUUUUGCAAUAGAUAAAAACAGUGAGGAAAAAAAUAGCCGGAUCUCAAAAAAUUUUUUUGGGAAUUUUGAAAAAUUCAGCCUUGGUAGAAAUAGCUUCCAGCAAAAAAAGCCGCAAAAAUAGCUUCAAUCAAAAAAAGAAAAUAAAAGUCAGCCGUGGAAUUAAUGGGAAAAAAUAGCCGCGGCCAGAAAACCUGCAAGUGAAAUUUGUGAAAAAAUAGCCUCAAAAAUUUUCAAAUGAAUUGGAAAAACUUGUGUGGAAAAUUAGCCGCGGAGCGAUUUUUAUUGGAAAAAAAUAGCCGCGGAGCAAUUUUACUCGGAAAAAAUAGCCGCGGAGCGAUUUCUAUCAGAAAAAAUAGCCAUGAAGCGAUGUUUAUCGGAAAAAAUAGCCGUGGAGCAAUUUUACUCGGAAAAAGUAGCCGCGAAGCAAUUUUACUCGGAAAAAUAGCCGUGAAGCGAUUUUUCUUGGAAAAAAUAGCCGCGGAGCAGUUUCACUCGAAAAAAUAGCCGCGGAGCAAUUUUACUCGGAAAAAUAGCCGUGAAGCGAUUUUCUUGGAAAAAAUAGCCGCGGAGCAGUUUCACUCGAAAAAAUAGCCGCGGAGCAAUUUCACUCGGAAAAAAUAGCCGCGGCCAAAAACACUUUUUAACCGCUAUGUAGAUAACUUUCACUAUUGCAAAAUUCUUCAGAAGACUUGAAAAAUAAAAAAAAAAUUAAUGUUGACUUUUUUGGCCAACUAAAAUCUAGCCUUGGACAAAAUAACUCGAAUAAAAAAAGGCCUCUCAAAAAAAUGACUCUAAAUUCUUUUUUAUUCCAGGUUUUCUCAACGGCGACGGCCUUCUACAUCCCGUUGAUCGCCAUCAUCGGCGUCUAUUGGAAAAUCAUGAGAGCCGCUAAGAAAAGGUGAGUUAAGAUGAGCAACAAUGAGGUAGAAUCUGAUGUUAUUGAAAUCAAUCUAGCUGUAUAUAUUGCAAUUCGACGAAUACAUAUAUACUCAUUUUCGAAUUAUGUAACUCAACUGAAACGUAACUUAUACCUAUAGGGGUUAGGGUGGAAAAAAGUCCCUAUAGGGGUCGAAAAAGUGGUCUCUAUAGGGGUGAAAUCAAGUUGGUCCCUCUCGGGGUUUGGGGUAUGAUUCUUCAGCUCCUAUAGCUCAAGUGGUCCCUGUAGGGAUUUCUCAAUUUCAUUUAAAAAACGCUUCUUUGUUCGUUUUAUCCAAUGGAAAUGCUUCUUCGCAACAAUUAUCGACCAGCAGGAUCCCUAUAGGGGCCCUGGACCCUCCAAGGGCCCUUAAAGUGGCCCCUAUAGGGACCACUCUGAAGUACUACUGAAAACGGGAUGAGUGUUAAUUUCCUGAUUUUUCCCUUUUUUUUUCGAAAAUUUGCAUUUUUAAGUAGAUUUUCCACUGGGCUUCCAAAUUUAGUAGAUAAAAACUGAAAAAAAAACUUUAAGUGAUUAUUUUCAGAUUUAAAAGAGAAAGAGACCGACGGACGGUGAUUCGACCGCCGCCCGACGUGGUCGAUGACAAAAAAGCGCCGCUCAUCAAUAAAAAGAAUAAAAAAGUUGGUUUUUUCUUUAUUCUUUGAGCAUCAAUCUCAUCUUUUUUUAUCACACAACUGAACAUUGUAAAAAAAAUCUUUCAAUUUUUUUGUAAACAUCUGAAAAUUUUUUUAAUGUUGAUUUUUUUGUACAUGGUUUGUUUCAAAAAGACCCUUUUUAACUUUAUUCUCUAGAAAAAAACGAAUAAAAAAAUUUGUAAAAUAAGAAAAAAAGAAGUACGAUUUUAUCAAUGGAGCGUACAUACUUGCCGUAGGGAGGCUAUUUAAUCCUUUACGUAGAAAAAUUGAUUUUUUUAAUCAUUUCUUUUAAGAUUUCUUUCGUUUUUUUCGGAUGUUUUUGAUUUUUAUUAACAACGCUGUUGUGUUUUUAAGUUCUUGGUUUUCUAAAAAACAAAACUUUUUCAAAAUUGGCGCUCAAAUACGCAAAAAUUGCAGUAAAAUAAGCAGAAAAAAAGGUUUUUCAAACUUUUUCUGUUAUCUUUUUCUCCAUGAAAGGAAUUUCCCUUUGAAAAAUAAGUUAUUUUCUUGAUUUCAGAUACCUUUACCACCUGCCGUCGUUAUCACUGAUAUCAAUCGGAACGGUGUUUCCGCGACGACGCCUUCUGACGGCAGGAAUGGCACCGUCAAGGUAAUAAUAACCCUUUUUUGAGUUUUUAAAAUAUUUUGGUAGCUUUUUUUCCCUUUUUUUCAUUUUUUGAAAGGCGGUGCGUCGACUUCGUUUUACAGAAAAGCUUAAGGAGCAAAUUUGAAAAAAAAAACAGGCUUUUUACGGUCCCUUUGAGCGUCAGUUGUGCAUCAAAAAAUUUCCAUCAAUUGCUCCUAAACAGGUGGAAAAGGUUUCCGUUUCACUACCCUUGUCCGUCCUUUCAUCGGCCUUCAUUCACUCUUUUUGGACCCUUUUGAGAAACACAGAAGUUUUUAAAUUGAGAAUAAUGUUUACCAGUGGCUUUCUAUGAACUUAAAUGGGCUACAGUAAUAAAAUCGGAAAUCAUCGAUGACCGAGACUUUCAGCACCCUUUUUGCACCCUCACUCUUUCUUCACCUUUUUUUCAACCUUUUCUGAGACUUUUCAGCCCACCAAGAAAGGAAGGCUCAAUAAAAGCCGCGAAACGGAACCCUUUUAGCGGCCAUUUUCCACCCGUUUUCCGCGCUUUUUUUUCGGCUGUGACGAAAGAAUAAAUUCCAAAAAUCAAACUUUUUUGAAAGAACUAAAUUUGAAUAGUAGUUGAAACAGUUGAGUGAGAAACGAUUAGUUAGUGUUUUUUUGUACUUAAAAAAAUAUUUCCCGUUUUUUGAUUUUUGGAUAACACGAAAGGUAAGUUUAUACACUUUUGAAGGUGAAUUUCAAUUUUGACAAGUUUAAAAUCGGCAGAAAAUUAUUUAAAAAAAGAACUUCAUUGGAAAUUUAGAAAUAAAAAUUGCUUGAGAAAAAAUAAUUUUUUUGUCCAAAUCGUUCUGAAAGUUUUUCUACAUAUGCAUCCAUCAGAUCAUCGAAACUAUCGAUGUAUUAAAAAUAACAAGUCUUGAUGCAACAGUAAAGGUUUUUUUAAACUAGGAAAUUUUUUUGGAAAAAAAUUUUAAUCAAAGUCUAAAAAAAGUUCUUUUUCAAACUUUUUUUCUUCAGAAAAUUAUCAUCAAAAUCGGAUCGCAGUCCAAAAAGUUCACCUAGAAAAUUUAUUGAAGCAAGAAUGAAAUGGCAAAAAGGAAAAAUACCUUGAUGGGAUCCGAACCAAGAACCCUGUGAUCUUAAUAAAUAGCCACAUGACCAAAUAACUCUCUUUUUUCUUCCUAAUAGAGCCAGCAAGAGCUAAAAUAAUGGCAAAAAUCAAAAAUUACCUCUGUCGGAUCCGAACCAAGGACCCUCUGAUAUUAGUGAAUAGACACAUGGAAAAAUAAAUCUCCUAGAUUCCUCCAAAAAAGACGGUAGAAGCUAAAAAAGAAAUGGCAAAAAGGAAAAAUACCUUGAGAGGAUCCGAACCAAGAACCGUCUGAUCUUAAUGAAUGGCCACAUGAUCAUAUAACACUCUUAUUUCUUUCUAAUUGAGUCAGAAAAAUAUAUAAAAAAGGCCGAAAAUCGAAAAAUACCUCGAUGGGAUCCGAACCAAAGACCCUCCGAUCAAGAGACGAGCUCCCUAGCCUCUCUACCAAUCUGUUUUUCAGCACAAUCACCACCACAAUCAUCAUCGGCCCGACUCAAGUUCAUCUACACAGUCGGAGGAAGAACGGACGGCUACCGUAACCCACGAAAAUACACAGGAGACCAAACUCGACAGUAAUGGUUAGGCCUUUCUGAAUUUUUGAACUUUCAGAACUGAAAUUCUCAUUUUUCCGUUGAAAACUGCAUUGAGAAACUGGAAAAAAUCACAUUUUUUGUCCUUUUUCUGCAAAGAUGUCCUCUCAUGAAGACCAAAAGAACGUCCGUCCUCUGAAGAAGAGAAACUUGGUCUUCGGCUUCUUCUCAAGAGUGAAAAGGAGAAGAAGAAAAAAAUCAAGACGAACCGAAAUUGAAUUUGUCGUCCGCAUGGCCGUGAUACGUAACGAAAUCCGAUUUGUUUUUCUGGGAGCUUUUUUGCAAAACUUUUCUUAUUCAUUGACUUGGCAAGGGGCCAGAGUAGAGAAGGACUAGGAAGAAAAAGAAUUUUGCAAAAAAGACUGCAAAAAAAGAAACAAGAUCAGGAUUUGAUCCAGGGACCUUCUGAGUUGAAAACAAGGCUCUUAGCCAGUCGGCCACAUUGAUUCAAGAGGUCUAGAACGUCUCUAAAGUGAAAAAGUACUGAUCAGAGGAUUUUUCGAAAGAAAAACUUAAUUUUCAAAGUUCAAAAAAAUGGCAAAAAAAUAUUUUCCCUGACCCGGAAGCGAACCAAAGACCUACAGAUCUCUACCGAAGCUCUGAGCCACUGAGCCUUCUUCAUCUUGGUAAUAUCAUAAUGAAAAAAGGCUCUCAAACCUAAUUUUCACAUAAAGAACGUAAAAAAAUUAGAUUUUUGAAUACAUAUUAUUCAGACUUCAGCUUAAUAAUGAAUACCAAAAUGGUAAAAAUUAGUUUUCUCUCGACAGGAUCCGAACCAAAAACCUCCAGAUCCUUAUAAAUUCUCUUAGCCACUAAGCCAUCGUGUUCAGAUGCAAAAAGAUCGUUUAUCGGGAGCUAAAGAAGGAGAAAAUUAAUUUUCAAGCUAGUUGAAUAUCUGCAAAAAAGAUUUUUCCUGAACAGGAUUCGAAACAAAGACCCCCAGAUCUUAAAAAUUGCUCUCAGCCACUCAGCCACCCUGUUCAGAUGCAAAAAGAUCGUCAAGCGGCGGUCUGAUGAAAAGAAAAAGGCGGCCAAAGGAAACGCCGGAAAAUCAACGGGAGAGGAAAGCGUGGCGGACAUUGGCCAUAAUUACAGGUGGAUCCUGAAAUGAGCAACACCUGGGUAAUGUGAGCAAUUUUCAGGAACUUUCGUGGCGUGUUGGACGCCAUUUUUCCUGGUUUCUCUGUACCGACCGAUUUGCGGUUGUUCGAUCCCGCCUGUAGUCGAGCAGGUCACCUCUUGGCUGGGUAUAUUUUUUUUACCAUUUUCUGACGUAGACCCCUCUAGGGAUCACUAUAGUCUUAUUUCCUUGUGAAGAAAGGAGGAUAUUAGGGGAAUAACGAAAUGAUUUUAAUAUUGCUUGUUUGAAGUAGUAAAGUCACAUUAAAAGUCAUGCUUCUGGAAGUUCUAGAGAGUACAGAAAAUAUGGAGACAUUAGACAUACAGGAAAAAGACUUUUGAAUUCCCUUAAGUGAUCACUUAAGUCUUCUUUAUGCGCCCAAAAAAUAUUUUUCAGUUAGAGAGUAUAGAAAAAGAGGAGCGUUCAGACAAAAGUUGCUCUCGAUGUCUGGUGUCUCUCCUUUUCACAUGCUCUCUAGCUCAUCUUUCAGUCAUUCAACUCAGAAAAUGACGAAUUUUUUCUAAUUUUAGAGAGUAUGGAAAAAGAAAAGACACAGAUACGCAUGAAAAAUUGCUCUCUAUGUCUGGUGUCUCUCAUUUUUGCAUGAUCUCUAGCUCUUUUUCAAGUUCAGCCUAUUUUAAAUGAAAAUAAGCCUUUUCUCUCCGAUUUUCUCACAAAUUAAAUAAAAAAUAACUUUUCAGGGUACCUAAACUCGGCGCUGAACCCGAUCAUCUACACGGUCUUCUCGCAGGAUUUCCGGACGGCUUUCAAAAAAAUCGUCAAACGCCUUUGCCUCAUCACCGAGUAUUAG